AUGCAUUCAAAGCAAGGACAUCUGGAUGUAAUUGGGUAUACAGAUGCGGAUUGGGCUGGGUCCCAAAUAGACAGACGAUCCACUUCAGGUUACUUUACUUUUAUAGGAGGUAACCUUGUUACUUGGCGUAGUAAGAAACAAAAUGUUGUUGCAAGAUCAAGUGCGGAGGCAGAAUAUAGAGGUAUGGCACAUGGUGUUUGUGAGUUGUUAUGGAUUAAGCAUGUUCUAACGGAGUUAGGUUUUAAGCCUAAAAAAUCCAUGAAAUUAUAUUGCAAUAAUAUUGCGGCCAUUAAUAUUGCUCAUAAUCUAGUUCAACAUGAUCGGAAGAAACAUGUUGAAGUGGAUAGGCAUUUCCUCAAAGAAAGAUUAGAAGACAAGACACUUCAGUUCCUAUUUGUAAAGUCAGAAGAUCAGUUGACAGAUAUCUUGACGAAAGCAGUUUCAAGCCGAGUAUUUCAGGACACGCUGAGCAAGUUGGACCUUGGUGACAUUUAUGCUCCAACUUGA